AUGUCCCGGUACGUGAAGUACUUCGUGCAGGCCAAGCGGCUGGACAAGCGAAAAAGGAAAUUCGGGCAGAUGGACUUCCUGGAGCUAAGCAAAGAGCUGAGCAUCCCCUUCCCCCUGCGAGAAAGGAACCAACCCAAGCACCUAGAUCUCUCUAAGUACCUAAAUAUAAAAGUGGGAGACCUGGUUAAGGUACUCUAUGGGCCCUAUAAAGACAAAGAAGGCAUCGUCUUAAAUAUAAACACAAAAAGAAACACAGUAAUCGUUGAUGGGUGCAAUAUGAAAAAAUCUGCUUGGAACGUCACGAAGAAAAAUGCAGGCUCAAUUAUAACACAGGAAAUGCCUAUACACAUCACCAACGUUGCCAUUCUAGACCCUAUAAGUAAAAAGGCAACGGUGGUCAAGAGGAGGUACAUGAUGCAUGGCGAGUGUGUACGCAUCUCCAAAAUUUCGGGGUGUGCCAUGCCUGAACCUGUUAGUGUGCAGGCCCUCAAGGAGCAGAAUAACUAUGAGCUGUUCAUACACAAAAAAAAAACGGGACCUCCCAUUAAGGACAUCUACGCGGAGAGAGACUCCAAGAACUUUAACCUCUUAAAGAAGAUAGCCUACGAGAUUAAGAGGAGAAGAUUCUACGAAAUGAAAAACUUUUUCAGGGACGCCUCUCCGGGGAAGGGAAGCGCCUCUCCGGGGGGAGGAAGCGCUUCUCUGGGGGAAGGCAGCUCUUCCCUGGAGGGGUAG